AGCCCACGUCUCCCUCUGGCUUGGGGCUGCAGUUCCGGUUCAGCCGUACACAAGACCAGGACGUUCACAUCCUGCAGGCUCAGCUUUGGCUCUACCUUCGAGUUCCCCGAGACCUGGUAGCCAGCCUCACCCUGAGAAUCUUCCUUGCUGGUGGGGACGGUGAUUUGGUGGGUGGCAAUCGCACGCUGCUGAGUGAGAGGCGACUGAGUGCCAAGGGAAGCGGCUGGCGCACCUUCACCCUCGUGCCUGCCCUGCAGAGUUUCUUUGGAGGAGAGCACCGGGCCCUGCGGCUGGAACUGGAAAGCCGUGGGGAUAAGGGAGAUAUCAUGGCAAUAGUCAAUGCCAGCCGGUCCCACCAGCCUUUCUUGGUGGCCAAGGCAAAGGUGCGGGAGCCAGGACACCACGUGGCCAAGCGCAGCCUCCGCUGCAGCCAGAACUCCAACCUCUGCUGCCGCAAGGAUUACUAUGUGGAUUUCCGUGACAUCGGUUGGAAUGACUGGAUCAUUAAGCCUGAGGGCUACCAGAUAAACUACUGUGUGGGCCAGUGCCCUCUACAUGUGGCAGGCAGCCCUGGAAUGGCCUCUUCUUUCCACACAGCCGUUUUCAACCUCGUCAAAGCUAACAACAUCCAGGCAUCAGGGCACUCUUGCUGCGUGCCCACGCGACGCCGGCCACUCUCUGUCCUCUACUUUGAUCGCAACAGCAACAUUGUCAAGACUGACAUCCCUGACAUGAUCGUUGAUGCCUGUGGCUGUAGCUAG